GGUGAUGUUGGUUGUAUAACAUUCAUUCGUGUGUUUUUUUUUGUAUCGCGUCUUGUGACAUUGAUAUAGUCAGCAGCAGAAUCAAAGCCCAGAUGGAGGAGACAAGUGGCGUCGCCGAGGAGGAGGAUGAUGUCCUCGUCGUCCGGCCGGCUCAAAGCCAACACGACUGCGACGACAAGACCUCGAUUGUGUCCAUCGUCUGUCGGAUCUGCUUCGACGACAACAAGGACGAGACCAUCAUUACGCCGUGCAAAUGCAAAGGAACGGUGGCGUUCGUGCACAAGACGUGCUUGGAGAAGUGGCUCUCCGAGUCGAAUUCGACGGCGUGCGAACUGUGCCACCACGUGUACGAGACGGAGAGGGUGCCCAAGUACACGGCGAAACAGUCCAUCUGGAAAUGGUUCAGACAUCAGCCCACCAAUUUCGGGGCGCGCGUCCGCGCCAUCCGUUGCGAUUUGAUCGUGUGCGCCGUCCUCACGCCGUUCGCCAUCGUCAUCACCUACAUUUGCCUCUUCUCCGCCGAUUACUACAACCAGCAGCGAUUCUCGAACAUCCCGACCGCCCGUUGGACGUCCAUCUCUCUGCUCAUCAUGAUCGCCAUCAUGCUCUUCGGCUACUACAUCUGGGUGUACGUGGUGGUCGGCUACCACGGCCGAAUGUGGUACUACUGGUGGCAGAGGGAGUGCAUCGUCCGUUACAUACCACCCGUCCCAGAUCAGCCGAACUAUCCACCACCUCCUUCGCAGCAGCAGCAAUCGUCGUCACCGCAGCACCAGCACCUGGAGGAGAUCGUCGAGGAUAACGGCGAUUCGGUCAUAGACCUCUCGAUCUCGCGGUCACAUUCGAGCACGAAGAACGCCGCCUCAGAUGAAACCGUGCUUUGAAAUUUGUUGAAUUCCCCCCCCCACGUUGUAUAAUAUAAUAUAAUUUACUUCUUCCUCCCUUCCUCUUAGUUCUCUUCUCUAUAU